AUGGUGCUAACUCUUUGCGAAAAGUUUAUCUCUUAUUUGGUUACUUUCUUUACUGGUUCGUCGGUGAAGAAAACAUUACUGAUAGAAGACGGUUGCAGUUGUAGUUCUUCGACGAUAUCAUCAUCGUCUUCAUUAGAUAAUGAAAUUAAUUUUUUAGCUGACCAGAUUCAAAAGCAAAUCACGAUAGACACCACCAUAGUAGCGACAAAUGUAACGACGAAGUAUGGACGUCGACGACGACACGAAAAAGAUAGGUCAAAGUUUCAUCAUCAAUAUACGCCAUAUUUCGAAGAUUGGAAUGGGGAGGAAAAUUCAUUAUAUCGACUAGAAACUACUAAACGUAUGUCAUUGACUUCCUUGUCGUCAUACGAUCUAUUCUUCUUGGACGUUGCUUUUAGUUAUUAUUUAGAAGAAAUUGACGAUGACGACGAUUCAAAUUUCAAUGAUGAUUUUUUGGUGUUAGUCUCACCAUUAUUUCAUACUUGUUGGACAAACCGUUGUUGA